AAAAAAAAAAAAAAAAACAAGCGCGGGAAUGAAAAGACGUAACCAAGAAGAAGAGGAGAGAGGAGAAGCACAAGAAGCAAAGUGUAAAUAAAAACAACAAUGGACCCCGAAAACAACAACGGAGCCGCUCCGAGUGGAAAUAACGCGGACGAAAUUGUCAGUUUCCCGCAGGUCGCGGCUGUUGCCACAGGCUGGAUGUUGGACUUUUUGUUUGUAAGUUUGUGUCGACAUUUCAAGGAAGACAAGCUGGAUGAAUUCAACGAAACGAUAACAGUUUUACAGGCCAUUUCUCAGAGUGCGUCUCUUAAAGGAAAAGACCAUAAUGAGAAAACGAUGAUCUGUGCCUUCCUCGCAAGAGUCAUGCAUGGAAAGCAGUUGGAUGUCCUGUUUGAAGAAGAUGAGUCUGUGAUGCCGUUGAUGUCUGCUGCCAAAAUAUGGUCGACCCUAGAACACGUUGUUGCAGAUGAAGAUUUAUUCAAAAACGUCACCAUUCUCUUGCUUGUCCAGUCUGUGGCCAUCUGCUUGGAGAAAGGCCAAAAAUCUGCUGCCUCCUCUGCCCUCAAAUGGUUUGAGAACAACCAUGAGUUCCCGGAGAAAACGGGAGUUAAACUGUGGACAAUAGUGAAACAGAGGGACACUUAUCACCCGUUCCUGAUGAGCUUCACCUUCAGCCGCCUGCUGGAGACGGUCCAGUGUUUCGUUGAUGCCUAUUUGGAGAAGAAUCCGUCUGACGACCUCCUCAAGGCGGCUACAAAGACGGUCCAGACGUCGCAGAACAUUGAGGAUUUGGAGGACGUUGUGUCACAGAACAACUCUCUUUCAGACACGGUCAAUAAAUCGGCAAAGAGCAAAAAAACGAAACGGAAACUUCUCACUAAAAUGACCGACCUGUGGACACCCAACUCAAGCAAGAAGCCUUUCGUCUGCGUGGAACGACUCUCCGUAAAUGAGUUGUCUCAGCUGAAGUCUGAAAAGUCACCGCACACCGCGGAGGUAAAGACGUCUAGAAAAACACGUGAGAAAUGGACACAUCAGCUGGACAAAUACCUCAAGGAAGGCGUGAAACGUCACGGCCAGGGGAAGUGGUCUCAAAUCCUGCUGGAUUAUGACUUUGAAGGACGCACUGGCACCAUGCUCAAAGACCGCUGGAGAGUUCUGAUGAGGGCGCAUGAAGUCGGCUGAAGAGGAGACGUUCCCCGCCAACAAUGUAGCAAUGUAGCGGCGUUAAAGUAUUUUAUGUUCCUGUUGUGAUCUGCUUUGUUGCUGCCGAGAAGACGCCACUAGAGGGUGCUAAGAGGAGCGCGCACUGAUAAAUUUGCAUUUUGUAAUGUAUGUAUGCGGAAUCUGAAACUCUCACUUUCACCAAAUCCAAUGCAUUUAGUUUCUAUUUAUCUUAACAGUGUAUUUGCUUCUGAACAUUUUUUUUUUUUUUUUUU